UAAAGUUGCAGUGGACAACCGUCCGUAGGUCAGCGUUGUGUGGUUGUUGCUGCUACUCACUAACUUUGUUUUCGAGUGUCAAACAAAACCGCACUGCAACUGAAGAUGAAGGUCCCCCUGCUGCUGAUUCUGACCGUGUGGUUGAACACUCAGUACGGCUGCUGCGCUCUCUCUACAUGCUCCCAUCCUCCGUCACAGUGGUGCUCCUCUCUGGACUCAGCGAUCCAGUGCGGGGUUUUGAAGCAGUGCCUUGAAUCUAACUUCACGCGGUCCCGCCAGACUGUAGAUGCAGUCGACGUGGGGCUUUACUAUGAGAGUCUCUGUCCUGGCUGCAGAUUGUUUCUCAGUAACAUGCUCUUCCCUACCUGGGUCUUGCUGAAUGACAUCAUGACUGUCACUCUGGUGCCAUAUGGCAAUGCGCAGGAGAAACCUGCCGAAAAGAAAUAUACUUACGAGUGCCAGCAUGGAGAGCAGGAGUGCCUGGGCAACAUGAUUGAGACCUGUUUACUGAACAUGACCAAGAUGGCUUUCCCGAUCAUCUUCUGUAUGGAAUCCUCCGGUGAUGUCAUCAAGGAAGCCAAGACCUGUGUGGAACUCUACGGCGAACCUGACUUGACCUGGGGCAGCAUCAUGAGCUGUGUAAAUGGCGACCUGGGAAACCAGCUGAUGCAUCAGAAUGCCUUGAAAACCAACGCCCUGAAACCUUCACACCAAUAUGUGCCCUGGGUGACCAUUAAUGGGGAGCACACAGAAGACCUGCAGAACAAGGCCAUGUCUUCUCUCUUCAGUCUGGUCUGCAGUAUGUACAAGGGCCCCAAGACUGAGGCCUGUGGAGGGGGCCAGAGACACUAUAAAAGCUACUGCCACAAUGAUUGAAGGAGCAGCGCUGCAUGUUCUUGCUCGGUUCGAGGUGUGGCCACUAAAUAAGGAACACUGAGGAAUGCCGUCCAAUAUUAUUUUUUUUUUAAUGUGAUUUUAUUAUCUGUUUCUAUAAAGGGAAAAAUUGAUUGCCUCACUUUAUAAUGCGCAGAAUAUAAAUACAAUUUACUUUCCAAAAA